AUGAAGGUCGUCGUUACAGGGGCGACCGGGAUGGUCGGUAAUGAGAUCGUCAAGCGCUGUCUCGAAGAUCCGCGUAUCACAAAAGUUGUCAUUCUCACUCGCAGAGCCGUGUCGAUGGAUAUCGAGUGUCAUCCCAAGGCGGAUGUUAUCAUGGUUCAGGACUUUGCACGGUAUUCCGACCAAGUCUUACGGCAACUCGAAGGUUCUUCAGCGUGUUUAUGGGCCAUUGGAGGCCGUCCAGACCAACUGAACAACAGUAAGGCAGCUCUUCACCAUGUCAACGUGGACCUACCACUUGCCGCCGCAAGGGCUCUUCGCGAGCACAUCGCGCCCAAAGCACCAGCGGGCCACAAGUUCAACUUCGUCUUCUGCAGCAGCAAGUCUCGGUCGACGUCGCUGCUCUCGCUGGGGGAUCCGCGAAAGCCAAAGUCCGAGGCCGAGAAGGGCCUAUGCGAAAUUGCAGACGCCAGCCCUGAAACAUUUAGCGCCUGGAUCUUGAGGCCCGGCGGCAUUGUCACCGCCCCAGACGCCGCGCCCAAGAAGAGGAGGCUCGUGGGCGGUCGCUCGAGUGCCAGUGUUGAUAUUGCCCAGAUGGCCAAAGUCUGUGUGAAAGUGGCUGUCGAGGGGUACAAGGAUCGUAUCAUUGACAAUGAUACUCUACUAAAAUUGUGA